CUAUGCCCUCGAGUCUCCUAACUUACCCUACUUCAGGAGUGCCAUGGAGGACAGGAACUACGGAUACGCUCCUUCAAGGCAUGCACGCUUUGGGCUGGACGAGGCAGGAAGCUGUUGAUUACAUUCUGCAGUACACCGCCCAGUCGGCGCUCGAGGCCGAGAACGAGGUUGACCGCUACAUCACGUGGCCGGGCCAGGCUCUCGCCUACAAGUCCGGGCAGCUGCAGAUCUCGAGCUUCAGGUCGAGCGCCGAGCAGCAGCUGGGCAGCGAGUUCGACAUCAAAGACUUCCAUGACGUCAUCCUUGACAGCUUGGGACCGAUGAGUGUCGUCGAAGAAGAGGUUAAUGAGUGGAUUGCAAGCACUCUUAAUCCCUGAGAAUGUAUCAGAUUUUGCUGCUCCUUGAAUAUACUUAAUAAAGAGAAAACUUAA